CGCGUGUUAUGAUUUGACUCCAUAUAUAAACACCGAGACUCGCCGCUAUCUGUUGAUUGAGGAGAGGCGAAUUUCUGAGACAUUUGCUGAGGAUUACUGUGCUGAUACUGCGAUUCUUCAAGGAGACCAGAGAAUUUCUGACAGAAGACUUUUAUUUUACAAGGAGAUCGACGCUCAGAGCUGAAAUAUUUCCUUUUGACACGUUUUGUUGCUCUUUUGUUGUGUUUAUUUUGAUUUUGAUCUUGUUUUUAUUGUUUUAUUGACAUUUUUAUUGAUAUUUGAUCUUUGUUCUUGUUUUCAGGUUUGCUGGAGUUUGGAGGAGUUUGUCAGAUGGGUGAAAACCGCAGCCGCUCCAGAUCCAGGAGUUCUGCUUUCAUCCAGGCAGCUGUUCAGGACGUCAGGACACAUGAUGGUGAUGGUGAAACCCAGACCGUGAGCCAAGAGCUUGAUGGAUUUCUCGCACCUCUGCCUUCCCUGUUGGCCAAAUCUGUGUCCACAGAUCAGGGUAACAGGAAGAGGAAGCGGCAGAGCGGCAGCCAGCAAACACCAGAAGAUGAACGUCCGUCCACCUCAUCUAGAAGAGCUCUCAAACGCUCUCGCAGAGACGCGUAUGCAAAGGGCCCACUGCUGGGAGACGGUGGAUUUGGCUCUGUGUUUGCUGGGAUGCGCAGGUCUGAUGGACUGCCAGUCGCCAUCAAGUAUGUGUCUAAAGAGCGGACACAGAGGAGACUGAGAGUUGAAGGUCAGGGUCGGCUGCCGCUGGAGGUGGCACUGAUGACCCGCGUCAAUUCAGCUCCUGCCUGCCCCAACGUCCUGCAGCUGCUUGACUGGUUUGACCGUCCCAGACGCUACAUCCUGAUCCUGGAGCGUCCGGAUCCCUGCCAAGACCUCCAGAGCUACUGUGAGGAGAACGACUGUCUGGAUGAGGGUCUGGCCAAGAAAGUGCUGGUGCAGCUGAUCGCGGCUCUGAAACACUGCGAGAGCCGCGGAGUCCUGCACCGGGACGUCAAGCCAGAGAACCUGCUGAUCUCCACAGAGUCUUUUGAUGAUCCACCAAAGGGAAUUUGUGUGUGCUGGAGAACUAUUCAAUACGCUCCACCUGAGUGGUUCUGCAGACAGCGCUACCAUGCGGGUCCAGCUACGGUGUGGUCAGUAGGAGUGACCCUCUUCAACAUCCUGUGCAACCGUUUCCCCUUCGGAGGCUCACUGAGGGUCACGUCCAGGAGCAAACUGACCUUCCCCAUAACUCUGUCAACAGAGUGCCGUCAGCUGAUUGGCUGGUGUCUCAGUCCAGCGGCGGCUGAUCGGCCCAGUUUGGACGAUAUUGAGCGCCAUCCCUGGUUACAGUGA